UGUGGCCGACACCGUUGACGUUUCUAUCACUAGAAUAUACAUUGGACGCCAUUAUUUUUCCGAAAGCGUGAUAUUACCGGCGAGAAAAUCAACAUGAGGGGAAUGAGAGGACGGGGAGGGCCACACCCUAUGAGAGGAGGAAUGAUGAGACCCAUGGCACCACCUUUUAAACCUGGACCACCGUUCCGUGCAUUUAUUCCACAUAUUCCGUUUGACUUAGUGCAGUGCGAGUCCACAUUUCCCAGAGCCAAACCCACACCUGAUGACAAGAGUUUCACAGAUGCAUUACUUAAAAGACACAAUGAUCUGACUCCGUCCUCUACAGAACAGGCUGCCAUCCUGGCUCUGGUUACCAAGAUACAAGCGAUCAUAGACAACCUCAUCCUGUCACCAAACUCAUUUGAACCUGCGCAAAUAGAGGAAGUUCGUCAGGUCGGCUCAUUUAAGAAAGGAACAAUGAUGGCGGGACACAAUGUAGCAGAUAUCGUCGUCAUGCUUAAGACAUUACCUACAAAGGAGGCAGUUAUGGCCCUUGGUAACAAAAUCACAGAGGAAUUACGCACUCAAGAUCCACAGGAAGUUUUCAGUAUGCUAACAAACGACACCGGGUUUGAGAUCAGUUCAGCUGACGCCACCGUCAAGUGUCUCAUCACAACUAUCCCACCAAAUCUAAAGAAACUGGACCCAGAACUUCAUUUGGACGGUAAGGUGAUGCAGGGACAUCUCGCGUCCAUCAGACACGCACGCUGGUUUGAGGAGAAUGCUUUCCAUUCAAGUAUCAAAGUCCUAAUUAGAAUCAUGAGGGACAUGAAGAAUCGGUUUAAGGGAUUUGAACCCCUAACGCCCUGGAUCAUAGAUUUGCUGUCACAUUAUGCCAUUAUGAAUAAUCCAUCUCGCCAACCCGUCGCCAUCCCAACAGCAUUUAAACGCUGCCUACAACUGCUAGCGGCUGGGUUUUUCCUGCCCGGCUCCGUCGGGAUCACAGAUCCUUGUGAGCAAGGCACAGUUCGAGUACACACCGUCAUGACCCUGGAACAACAGGAUCAAGUGUGUUUCACGUCACAGACUCUACUCCGAGUUCUGACUCACGGAGGCUACAAACAGGUGCUUGGCCUGGAGGGCAACUCUAGUAUAGCUACAGACAUGAGUGUGUGGGAAGGUGUGGUGGUGACACCAUCAGACAAGGCCUACGAGAAACCGGAGAAAAAGGAGGGGGAGGAUGACGAGGAUGGAGACGAGGAUGAUACCAUGGAAACCACCGACUCAUAGGGAGGAGUGAAAUCUCAUUGAUAUGAAAAAUAUGUGAAUCUACAUUUUUUUUAUUGUGGUGAAAGAUGGAUAAUGACGAUGACAAAGUCAUUAACAACAAACUGUAUCUUUUCCAUUAACCUAUUCAACCCUAAAGUCACAUUUGGACCUUACCAAAUCAAAGACUGGACAAGUCCAUUUUAAAAAUGAAGGGGUGAAUGAGUUAAAAACAUGGAUUUGUGAAUGUGUACAUGGGUAUUAGAGGAAGGUGCUGUUUACAAGACUGUUACCUGUGCAACGAUUCUGACUGUAAUAGGAGAGACCGUUUCUGAAGUCCUUUCUGUCCGAGAAGUGGAAGCUUGUGUCAGGCAUUCUCCUUUGUCCCAGCAUUAUUCUGAUACUGUAGCUCUCAUAAUGGAUUUGUGUUGCAUGUCGUUAUUUUCACUCUAACUAUACAGGUAAAUUUCAGUAAUUUCUAUUUUUAGAUGAUGUUUUUUAUAAUGCCUCUUCUAAGUUUCAAAAUCACAUCACUGUCAGCUGUAAUUUUUGUCAUGCUUCAUUCAGUUAACCCUGUCACCACUGUAGACCACAAUGGACUUAACCAGACCAAUGCAUGGUACAGUUUACUAAAGUUACAUAGGGGUGAAAGGGUGAAAAGGGAAUCAACACAGUUAAAUUUUCCCUUUUUUUCAACGUCAGAAACAUCAUGUCGUCGAAACUUUCUCACUUUGUAGUAACAUUGUUUCAUGAUGUUGCUUUUUCCUGUAAAAUACAAAACCUGGGAGGGUACUGUCAUGUGACGAUAAUUUAACAUUCAGUCCAAUUUCUGAAAUAAUUUAGUUAAAAGUUUUAAUUCAUUUGCAUCAUCAGAUGCAUAUGUACUGAUUAUGACAAUGUCUUAUUGUGUCUGUUUUUACUUGCAUGCAUGUUGAAAGAAGUUGUCAUUUAUAAAGUGGUAGCAUUGUUAUUUUAUAUUUUGUGAUGCAUUAGCUUAGUACACUGUUAAUUUUGUUUUGGUGAAUUCUACAGCUGAGUAGAGAUAAUUUCCCCAAUAGAAAUUGGAUGUAUUUCCCCGAAUUCAAUUCUUUAACCCUUUCACCACUGUGGACUCACCCAGAUCAAUGCAUGGUAGAGUUUACUAAAGUUACAUAGGGGUGAAAGGGUUAAAACAUGCUGUGUUUUCUUAAUGUCUCUGAACACAUCCUGGUAUCGUACCAUUUUUCAUAACACACAUGUUCCUGUAAAAAUAAAUAAAAAUGUAAGAAUAACUUUGAUCCUCAGUUAUACAAAGUCUUAUAUCUUCCUUAUUCGGGUUGAUAUUUUGCAUUGUUACAACUAUUGGCACCAAAAUAUGACAGUUUUGUGGGUAUAUAGUGUCACUGACAACACCACAGAAUAAACAACAUGAUUAAUUGUCUCCUCAUGUGAACAUUUCCUCCUGAUUAACCCUUUCACCACUGUAGACCAUAAUGGACUCAUCCAGAUCAAAGCAAGGAGGAGUUUACUACAGUUACAUAGGGGUGAAAGGGUUAAACAUAAAUUGAUCAAGUGUAUGUCAAUCAGGACCAAAACCUUGAUUUCUUUGUCUAGUGGGUGUAAAUAACCUCUGUUUUAUAAUACUUUGUAAAUGGACAUGGAAACGGACAUCAAACUAAAUAUUACUGAGCUAGUGCAAUAUGAUGUGAUGAUAACUACACACUGUGUUAAAGCCGCGGGGAAUCACGCUACUGGUAUGUUGUUGGAUAGGAGCAUUUAACAAAAAAUAUUUAAAUUUAAAUUUUAUUUAAAAAAAAAAAAAAAAAAUGUUAGCAUCCUCACACAUGUACUGUAUACGCGAAAAUUUUCGCCUUAUGCCGUUAAAAUCCAUUUUCUCCCAUCACAUCUGAUGACUAUGUUUAUUAAUUUCCUUAAUACUACCGUCCGCUGUGAUGAUAAAUUUCCUCUCAUUACGGAAGGUGUAAAUUUCCCCGUGUACAGUAUAUAGAUACAGAUAUUGGACUAUGAUGCUAGCUUCACUUAGGAACAUACCAAUCACAUAUGUCGUCAAAUGUUUUUUAUUGUCAUAAAUAAACUCUACAAGAAAAAAGA